AUGGCAGUUGCCCAGAAGUUUGUUGCAGUGUUUCUGGUGUGCAUAUUUGUCCUUGCCGUCACGGCUGACGCUGCCAGGGACAAGGAGGAAUUUAAGAAGGAGGACAAGGCAUUUAAGGACGAGGAAAAGAUUCUUAAAGAUGAGGAUAAAGUUCUUACGGACGAGGAUAAGGCUCUUAAGGACGAGGUCGCCAAGGAAGAUGGCAAGGCUCUUAAGGCCGAGGCUAAAGAGGAGGCCUCGGCUCUUAAGGCCGAGGCCAAGGCUCUUAAGGUCAAGGCCAAGGCUCUUGAGGCCGAGGCCAAGGCUCUUAAGGAAGAUGGCAAGGACGAGUCCAAGGCUCUUAAGGACGAGUCCGAUGCUCUUAAGGAGGAGCACAAGGCUCUUAAAGACGAAACCAAGGCUCUUAAGGACGAGGACAAGGCUCUUAAGGAUGGGGCAAAAAUGUAG